AUGAACAACAAGAAUUACUCUUUCGUGUUUCUCUUAUCUUUUCUUACUCUACCCAUCUUUCACUCAACCUCUUGUACACUCGAAUGUGGAGGUAUUCAGAUUCCUUUCCCCUUUGGAAUCGAACCAGGUUGCUAUCUCGACGAGUGGUACCAAAUCGAGUGUCAAAGAAAAGCUGAUAACGAGAAAGAUUUUCCGUUCCUUGUCAAGAUGAAAAUGGAGGUUGUGAAUAUUACCCUUCUGGCGGCCGGUUAUUAUAGCCCGGAAUUUUCUUCAGUUCGUGUAAGAAACCCGAUCACAUCCCCUCGUAGCUGUUGGUUGCAACACCAAGGCAUCGCUGACAAAUGUAGAACCAGAAAUGGUGGGAUGCGAGUCGACUUGCACUACAAGCAACAAUGCACAGACCAUCCCUUUUUUCAACAAAGUUGGAUGCUCUCGCCUUCCCUCCGUUUUCAUCACCGGGACCAAUUACUACCAAACCAUCUUGCCUACCAACUAGGCAACUACGUACCGUUUUGCAAUAUAACGAGAGAAGAAGAUUCGAGAAUCUGCAAUGGGAACGGAUGUUGCCAGGCAAAAGCACCUGGGGAUGCUCAACAGAUGAUUGGUGUCACAAUAACAAACAGUGACAAUGGAAACUUGACGACUGAAGGAGAUUGCAAAGUCGCCUUCUUAACAGACGAAGUAUACACUUUAUCAAAUGAAACCACACCAGAAAAACUUUUCUCUAAGGGAUACGCUACUGUUACCCUAGGAUGGUUCAUCCGAACGAGUAAUGCUUCUUUUCUACCAUCCUUGGGAUGCGAAAACAGAGAAGAAUUUGAUGCAAAAGACUUUGAUAUGCGCAAAGCAAAAUGCACAUGCGAUAAUCAUACAGUUUCUGGUAUCAGUUAUGGAAGCUGUGCAUGUUCUCCGGGUUGCCUGGGUAAUCCUUACAGUGUGGGCGACUGCAAAGAAAUUAAUAUGUGCCUUGUUGAUCCAUGUGGCAAUUUGAAAAUUUGCAAGCAUACCUCGGCAGGUCGUGACUGCGUGAACCUCCACAUUCCAGAAAUAUUGACAGGUCUGGGUGCAGGUCUCUUUGUCUUAAUCCUAGUUUUUGGAUCAUUGUGGCUGAGGAAGUUUCGUAGACGGAGAAGGAUAUCAAAGCGCAAGAGGAAUUUCUUCAAACGUAACGGGGGACUAUUGUUGCAACAGCAGUUAAAUACAACACAAGGCAACGUGGAAAAAACAAAAAUAUUCACCUCGAAAGAGCUGGAGAAAGCCACCGAUAACUUCAACGUUGACAGAAUUGUUGGACAGGGUGGUCAAGGAACUGUCUACAAAGGUAUGCUUGUAGACGGCCGAUCCGUAGCAGUCAAGAAAUCAAACGUUGUAGACGAAGACAAACUACAAGAGUUCAUCAACGAGGUCAUCAUUCUCUCCCAGAUUAACCACAGGCACGUCGUAAAGCUCUUAGGAUGUUGCCUUGAGACAGAAGUUCCUGUUUUGGUUUACGAGUUUAUCACCAACGGAAACCUCUUCCAGCAUCUCCAUGAAGAGUUUGAUGACUAUGCAGUGCUGUGGGGUGUGCGUAUGCGCAUUGCAGUAGAUAUCGCUGGAGCUUUCGCCUAUCUGCACACUGCUGCUUGUUCUCCAAUUUACCACAGAGAUAUCAAGUCAACAAACAUAUUACUGGACGAGAAAUACCGAGCCAAGGUGUCUGACUUUGGAACUUCAAGAUCAGUUACCAUAGAUCAUACUCACUGGACAACAGUCAUUUCAGGUACAGUGGGCUAUGUGGAUCCAGAAUACUACGGAUCGAGCCAUUUUACUGAAAAGAGCGAUGUUUAUAGCUUUGGAGUUGUCCUUGCGGAGCUUAUUACUGGUGAGAAGCCAGUGAUAACACUUUUGAAUACUCAAGAAAUAACGGGGUUGGCAGAUUACUUCAGACUUGCAAUGAAAGAGAACAGACUCUUUGAUAUCAUUGAUGCCAGGAUAAGAAACAAUUGCAAGCUAGAACAAGUAAUUGCAGUGGCAAAUCUGGCAAUGAGGUGUCUGAAGAAGGCGGGGAAGAAUCGACCGGACAUGAGAGAAGUUUCUACUGAGUUAGAGAGGAUAUGUUCAUCUCCAGAGGAGUUUCAGGUGCAAAUUCAGAUUGAUGGGGAAGAUAAGUUCAAGUUAUUCAGAGGAGAUUCUUGUAGUAGCACAGUGACUGCAAGAACAAAGUGA